AUGAAAAAUUGCCUGGACCACGCCGGCAGGCUGCAACAGAGAGGGGCCGAUGAAGAGGGCUUCUACGGCUUCCUCUUCCCUGACAUCAAGGAGGAGCUGAAGCGGGUGGCACAGAAGAGGUGCUGCAUAUGCCGCCAGCCGGGCGCCUCGGUCACCUGCAGAGCCCGGCGCUGUCCCCGCACCUUCCACUACCCCUGCGGCAGCGAGCGGGGCUGCAUCUCCCAGUUCUUUGGGGAGUACAAGUCCUUCUGCUGGAAGCACCGGCCGCUGCAGCGGGUGCGGGCGGUGCAGCAGGAGCAGAGCCUGUGCCUCAUCUGCCAGGAGGUGGUGGCGGAGCGGCCGUGCUAUGACACCCUGGUCUGUCCCACCUGCACCAGCGCCUGGUUCCACCGCCACUGUAUUCAGGGCCAGGCGCUGCGCUCUGCCCUGCACUACUUCCGCUGCCCUCUCUGCAGUGACAAGGACACCUUCCAAAAAGAGAUGUUCCGCCUGGGCAUCAAAAUCCCGGACAGGGAUGCUGCCUGGGAGGAGAAUGGAGCCUUUGCCAGCCUUUAUGAGCGGCACAGAUCCUGCGACACCAGCCAGUGCCUGUGCCCCGUGGGACGGGAGGAGGCAGAGGAGAAUGGGCCCUGGCGACUGCUGCUCUGCCACUCCUGUGGCUCCAGAGGGACCCACCGGCGCUGCUCCAACCUGGGAGAGGAGGUGGAUUCCUGGGAAUGCUGUGACUGCAGCGACACGGGCACUGGUGAGGCCUGCAAGUUGGGGGGCGGGACACAAGAUCCCAAGAGCCAUGUGGCCACCACUGCUACUUGGGACAUGGGGACAGUGCCCGCCUUGCUGCCAGGCCAGGUGCUGGACCCACUGGCACAGGGCCCCUCACACAGUGUCCCAGCUCCUGACACCUCACCUGGGGACGAAGAGGCUGGGAUCCCGCCAGGACGCCGCGACGUUACAGAAGGGCUCCAGGAGCAAGGCCAUGGAUCCUUGGAGGCCUUGUGCCAGCAAAGCAAAGUGUAG